AUGAAUUUCUUAUCGGUGAAUCUAAGGGGGUUAGGGGGUGCCUUGAAAUCCGAUUGGAUCAGGUCUAUUCGCAGGGAUCAGGGGAUCAAUUUUGUGAUGAUUCAAGAAUCUAAGCAUAGCGGUAUUUCUCAUUCUUUGUUGUCUAAGUUUUGGGGCUCUGGGAAUUUCGGUUGGGAGGCGGUUGAUUCAGUUGGGCAGUCGGGUGGUAUUGUUAGCAUGUGGGAUGAGUCACUUUUUUCCUUAGAGGUCAGUACCAAAAAUAGGAAUUUUCUGUUCCUAAGGGGAAGGCUGAUCGGGAGUAAUACUUCUAUUAACGUUCUUAACGUUUAUGCGCCGCAAGGUGUGCUAGCCAAGAAAGCGGUCUGGGACCUGUUGGCUUCCCUUAUUGAUAGCAAUGAUGGGUAUUGGUUUAUUGGUGGCGAUUUCAACGCAGUCAGGUUCCGGGAAGAAAAAAGAAAUUGUUCUUUCAAACAUUCUUGUGCGAGUAACUUUAAUUCUUUCAUCUUUGACCCCGGGCUGAUUGAGUAUGAUUUUAAUGGAAGACAAUUUACGUGGUAA